AUGGGUGGCAUUGUGUCCUUAGCAGAGCCAGGAUCUGUGCAGCCCGAGCAGAGCAUGUUAUCAAGACCAAGAGCCACUCGACCUCGCAGACCUGACGAUGUGGCACCUGUCUACAAGAAAGCCACGAUAAAGGGCUCAGAAAGGCCUCCUCGAGAAUCGCACCGGAGAAACGACGCAGCUCCGGUCACCACAUACAUUCCGAGCGGCGUGUCCUCGCGUCGCAAGCCCGUUGAACCGAUCGUGGCGGGCAGGAAAGUGGAACAUCUGACAUUGAAGGAAAGACCUCCACAUAUAACAAGCCAAAUGAAGACGAAGCUUGCCAUUGCUAGAGCGGAGCAGGCGGUAUUAGCAACGAAGGAGGCAGCCAGAGCCAUGCCAAUUCCAAAGAAGUCAAGCAGGCGUCGAUUGAGCCCACCUUCAGACGGAUCUGUGACCAGCACAACAUCGCCAGUCAAUUCGGAGAAUUGGCCGUUGCCAAAAGCUUCACCCAAAGAUAGCGUCAUGCGAUUGUCCAGCGACACGCAGAAGAGUCAGCAGCAACACAAGCAGAUGACUAUAACAGAGCCGAAUCAGGAAGAGGAUGAUGCCAGCGUAAUGAUUCCAGCCACGAACAAAGCGUGGGACGCCAUUAUCGAGGAGCUCAACUCGGACAGCGAUGCAGAUAGCUUUACCACAGCAUCAGAUCCGGAGGGUGCAGAGCACGGAGAUAUCCAGAUUGGCCUGGUCACAAAUGAGCAGCCGAGCCAGAAUGACAACGAGGCUCUUCGCCCUCCGCCGCUCAGGACGACUCGCUACAAGACAGUAGCGGAGUCUACAAUCGACCCUUUGCCAGGGCCGCCAAUGGCAGUGAAGAAGCUGGGAGCUCCGGACACCGCUUCGCGAUGCGCGUCUCUUGUAACUCUCAACCACUCGCAUUCAGCCGGCCGUCUGUUCCAAGCAACGGGAGACGAUCGGAAGGUUCGCUUCGGAGAGCCAAAGGUGUUCAUCCACAUUACGGGCGAGCCUGCUCGAAUACCGAAAGUGCCCAGCAAAGACGAGUACAAAGCUCUUGUGGCUCGUGGGAUGCGCGAGUUCCAGGAGUACGCUGACAAACAGAAUCAACACUUGCCUGCGUUGCCAAAGAAGAGCUCGCCAGCCAAGUCUCCUCCCCCGAAGAAAUCGCAGGCCACAGAAAAGUCAGAGCCGCCGCCGAAAGCGCCAAUGCCAUCCAAGCCAGAGUCAAAGGCAACACCACACCGCCGUUUGAAGUCAGAGCCGCUGCUCAAAUGGAGUGCGCCGCCGCCGAAAGUGCCGAUUCCACCCAAGCCGGAGUCAAAGGUAGCACCACACCGCCAAUUGAAUUUAGAGCCGCUGCUCGAGUCGAGUGCCUCGCCGCCCAAGUCUGCAGAACAAAAAGACAUCAGCUUGAAGCAGAGCGUGAAGGGCGCAUUCGGUGCACUCAGAAAGCGUACGUCGAAAGCUCUGAGCUUCGACGGUACACCGGGGCCCAAGAGACGCAGCCUGGCGGUCCUGAUGCAGCCGCAGAGUGUGCGACAGUCGGUCGAAGACAUCUCAGCGCAAGUGGCGACUGGUCGAGGCAGGCCCCGGAGGAGAGAUAGUCGUCGGGAGGGUCGAGCAAAGCUUCAAAAGAGCCAAAGAAUGUCCAGUGGUGCAUCAAACAGCCCACGAACAUCUCGCUUCUUCAAGCGAUCGUCCGGCUCCGCCAGGAAUAGUGCUCUUCGCUUGAGCAUUCAUAAUCGGAUGCCAUCGCUGCCGCAGGUGGCAGAGCUUGAAGGUGAAGGUCCGUACUAUGAGCUUGCUGCAUUCGAUGCCGAUGGCAAUGUUCCAAGAGACCGCUCGCUGUCACCGAUCCGGGUCUGGAACAAUGGAGGUGCGACUUGGCUAGCUGCCAACAGGAUGAUGAACGAGACCAGUAGCACUCUUGCACUUGCUCCUGCGGUGGCUGUGAAUACGGUGAUCCGACGCCGGGACUGGGCUGCGGAGUAUAGGACGGCUAUCGCGGUGUGA